UCCAUUGAGAGCUUGCUGUGUGCGCUGGACGGUUGAUGUCAAAUGAUGGCACCCACUUUGGGAGGCAGCGAUGACGUUCUGCUGCCAGACUUCCCCAGAGGGCCCCUCCAGGCCUACCGCGUAAGAGCGUCCUUCAGCUGGAAGGAGCUGCUGCUGUUCCUGGAGGGCGAGGAUGUGCUCCGCUUCAAGAAAGCCGUCUUCACAGCUUUGGAGAAUGACCCUCUCUUUGCCCGUUCCCAUGGAGCCGACCUGUCCAUGGAGAAGUACCGUGAGCUGAACUUCCUUCGAUGCAAGCGGAUCUUUGAGUAUGAUUUCCUCACCGCAGAAGAAAUGCUCAAGAGCCCCCUGAAAGUGUCAGUGCUGAUUGACUGCCUGGGAAUGUAUGACUGGUCCCUGGCUGCCAAAUACUUCCUGCACAUGUUGACAUUUGGAUCAGCAAUUUACAGCUCUGGUUCGGAAAGACAUUUCAAAUAUAUUCAGAAGAUCUUCAAUAUGGAAAUUUUUGGAUGUUUUGCUCUGACCGAAGUAAGUCAUGGGAGUAAUGCCAAGGCCAUUCGAACGACCGCUCACUACGAUCCCACUACCGAGGAAUUCAUCAUACACUCCCCCGAUUUCGAAGCUGCCAAAUUCUGGGUUGGCAACAUGGGCAAGACAGCUACCCACGCUGUGGUGUUUGCUCAGCUGCACACGCCCGGGGGCCAGCGUCACGGGCUGCACUCCUUUGUCGUGCAGAUUCGGGACCCAAAGACCCUUCUUGCCAUGCCAGGGGUGAUGGUUGGUGACAUAGGGAAGAAGCUUGGGCAGAACGGCUUGGAUAAUGGAUUCGCCAUGUUCCACAAGGUUCGAAUUCCUCGCCAGAACCUCCUGAACCGAACUGGAGAUGUCACCCCCGAGGGCACCUACGUCACCCCUUUUAAGGAUGCCAGGCAGCGCUUUGGAGCGUCUCUGAGCAGCUUGUCCAUUGGGCGGGUCUCCAUCAUUGGCAUGUCCAUCGUUAACUUAAAACUGGCCGUAUCCAUAGCGCUGCGUUUCUCAGCGACUCGGCGCCAGUUUGGACCCACUGACAAGGAGGAGAUACCGGUGCUUGAGUAUCAAAUGCAGCAGUGGCGCUUGCUUCCUUAUCUGGCGGCUGCCUACGCCUUAGACCACUUCUCCAAAACACUCUUCCUGGACCUGGUGGAGCUUCAGCAGGGCCUUCUUGGGGGAGGCCAUGGUGCCAGACAGGCAGAGCUCGGACGUGAAAUCCAUGCCCUGGCAUCGGCUGGCAAGCCCCUGGCCUCGUGGACCGCCCAGCAAGGAAUCCAGGAGUGCCGGGAGGCGUGUGGAGGACACGGCUACCUGGCCAUGAACCGGUUGGGUGACCUCAGAAAUGACAACGAUCCAAACUGCACAUACGAAGGUGACAACAAUGUUCUGCUGCAGCAGACCAGCAACUAUUUGCUGGGCCUCCUGGCACGCCGGGUCCAAGAUGGAGCGCGCUUUGAAAGCCCCCUGAAGACUGUGGACUUUCUGGAAGCCUAUCCUGACAUCCUCGGCCAGAGGUUCGUGGGCUCCAGUGUUGCAGACUGCUUGGACUCUGCAGUCCCCCUGGCAGCGUACAGGUGGUUGGUGUGUUACCUGCUCCGAGAGAGUUACCAAAAAUUAACUCAAGAGAAAAGAUCAGGAAGCAAUGACUUUCAAGCAAGGAAUGACUGCCAGGUGUACCAUUGCCGGUCCCUGGCUCUGGUGUUCAUUGAGCUCACCGCGGUGCAGAGGUUCCACCAGCAUGUACACCACCCCAGCGUUCCGCCCUCGCUGCGGGCCGUGCUCGGGCGGCUCAGUGCCCUGUACGCCCUGUGGUCCCUCAGCCGGCACGCAGCCGUGCUCUACCGAGGUGGCUACUUCUCUGGGGAGCAGGCAGGUAAACUGCUGGAGAGCGCCAUCCUGGCCCUGUGUUCACAGCUGAAAGAUGAUGCAGUCGCCCUGGUAGACGUGAUUGCUCCUCCGGACUUUUUCCUGGACUCCCCAAUUGGCAGAGCCGACGGCGAGCUCUAUAAAAACCUCUGGACCACUGUCCUGCAGGGCAGCAACGUGCUGGCCAGGCCAUCAUGGUGGCCGGAGUUCUCUGCCAACAAGCCUGCCGUGGGCCGCCUGAGGUCGAAGCUAUAGUCGCGGCCAGGAGGGCCUGCCAGGAGGGGUAACCACGUGCUGGGCUCAUCAGGAGUCAUAGUGAAAAGAAAACUUACACCGUCAUGGCUUCCUGGUGGGCUGUGGGCUUUCUGAUAAUUCGAAUUUGCACAUUCUAUUUUCAGAUACAGAUACUGAACAUAAAGCAGACUGCUCAUAAUUAGG